AAUGCUGCCAGGUCUUUUAGUGGCUUUGGCACUGCUGGUGAUACCACUGCCCGAAAAAAGGAAAUUGCUGCUUUCUUUGCCCAAACCUCCCAUGAAACUACUGGAGGAUGGGCUUUAGCACCAGAUGGACCAUACGCAUGGGGUUACUGCUUCAUUAGAGAACAAAAUGACCAGAGCGAUCACUGUACACCAAGUAGUCAAUGGCCUUGUGCUCCUGGAAGGAAAUAUUUCGGACGAGGCUCCAUCCAAAUUUCAUACAACUACAACUAUGGGCCAUGUGGAAGAGCCCUCGAAGUGGACCUUUUAAACAAUCCUGAUUUAGUAGCCACAGAUUCAAUUAUCUCAUUCAAAUCAGCUAUCUGGUUCUGGAUACCCCUCAAUCACCAAAGCCUUCUUGCCACGAUGUCAUCACUGGAAGAUGGCAACCAUCUGACGCUGACAGAGCAGCCAAUCGCCUCCCUGGAUUCGGUGUCAUCACAAACAUCAUCAAUGGUGGCAUAGAAUGUGGUCAUGGCAAUGACACCAGGGUCCAGGAUCGAAUUGGGUUCUUCAGAAGGUAUUGCGGAAUUCUUGGAGUUAGUCUUGGUGACAAUCUUGAUUGUGGCAACCAGAGUCCUUUUGGAAAUGGACUCUUAGUCGAUUCUAUGUAACAACUUUAUCAUCUGUUUGUUGUAGUCUCUUGCGGACCCAACUAUGAAUAAAUUUACUUAUGUAAUUGUGUUGUAAUCGUUUUUCAUUUUAAUAAACAAAGACUUUGUCCACGAUAGUGGAUAGUUCUACUUCUA